GACCUUAAGGCAUUUGGCAUGUGUUAACUCGUUAGCUGUUCAUUAUAGUUUAUAAGAGGAAGGUGGAGAGCAUUACCUUCCCGUUUUACAAAUGCAAAAACGGAGGCAAAGAGCAAACUUCUGAUUCUUGACUGUCCUUAGAGGAAUAAUGGACCCUACGAUUUAACCCAGAGUUUGCUGGAAUUCCUCCCCCUAAGUAGCCACUCCGAAGUAUAAAUGGAACGUUGAAAAGUCUUCCCUUAAGAUUGUACAUUUCAGUGAAAAAAGAGGCCAGUGAUUAGCAGCCCCGUGAAUGCUACUGCUACAAAGUUAAGUGACAUCUGACAAGUCACAACUUCUCUGUUAAUUUCCUGCUCUUUAAAUGAAGGGAGCAUAAGUACUGUAUUCUUUGUAAAGUUGUGUGUGUAGGCUCCAUUCCCUGGAGCUGAGUUUGGUUAUUGUUACUUGUAGACUCAUAAAGGUCCCCAGUCUGGGCUCCCUUGAGAAACACAGGGAAUGAGGCACUCGCAGAAUGAAUUACCACCUCUUCUUCGCCAGAGACAUCUUGAGAAUUCACAUCAGGCUGGGUGAGAGCUGCGAAUUGAGAAUUCCCAGGAGGAGGCAGGAAGGAGCCCUACACAGGCGGCUUGACACAUGGGCCCCAUUCCUGCCUCCAGCUCUGACUCACCUUCUGACGCUUGGGGGAGGAGAGAUAGCUGCUUGGUAUUUUUGGCUUUCCCCCAUAAAACAGGAGACAGUUUCCUUCAUUUCAAGCCUUAACAUCAGUGUAGAAGGUGCCCCUGUUGAGUUCUCUCUGAAAUCUUUCAUAUUGGUUGACUGCAGAUCUGAAUUUUAUCCACUGUAAUCAGCACUGCUCACCUAAGAAUUUCUGGAUCCAGACCAAGGGCUCCAGCAUUCACAGGAUUCUGCAGCAAGAAGGAUAUUGUGACUUAGGAUUCCCUGGUGGAAGACAACCACACACUCUGGUCUUACCCCAACGAUGCAAGUGUGACUGCUGGCAUCUUCAUGAGCUCCAGAGGUCACAGCACACUACCACGGACUCUCAUGGCUCCUCGGAUGAUUUCCGAGGGAGAUGUAGGAGGCAUUGCUCAAAUCACCUCCUCUCUCUUCCUGGGCAGAGGCAGUGUGGCCUCCAACCGGCACCUCCUCCAGGCUCGUGGCAUCACCUGCAUUGUUAAUGCUACCAUUGAGAUCCCCAAUUUCAACUGGCCCCAAUUUGAAUACGUCAAAGUGCCUCUGGCUGACAUGCCUCAUGCCCCCAUUGGACUGUACUUUGACACUGUGGCUGACAAGAUCCACAGUGUGAGCAGGAAGCAUGGGGCUACCUUGGUGCACUGUGCUGCAGGGGUGAGCCGCUCGGCCACUCUCUGCAUUGCCUACCUGAUGAAGUUCCACAAUGUGUGCCUGCUGGAGGCGUACAACUGGGUGAAAGCCCGGAGGCCUGUCAUCCGGCCCAACGUGGGCUUCUGGAGGCAGCUGAUAGACUACGAGCGACAGCUCUUUGGGAAGUCUACGGUUAAGAUGGUACAGACACCUUACGGCAUAGUUCCAGACGUUUACGAGAAAGAGUCCCGACACCUGAUGCCUUACUGGGGGAUUUAAUGCCACCAAAGCCUGCAUCGGCAGCCCCCGAGCAGUACCAGCGUCUGCUACACACUGUCUGCUCCCCUCUUCAUCUUUCUUUUCAAAUUGUUGACUUUUGGUUCCCCCUUAAAAGAAUUUUUAAAUUGGGUGUGAAGUUUAUUUUAAGAGAGAGGGAGGGGUCAUAGGGGAAUGCAUUUGUUGCUAGUAACAUUUUUAAAACUAGCAUUUUGAAAUAGUGUUUAUGAAAAUCUUUAACUGGCUUUUAAUCAUUUUUAACAAUUUGAACAGUUUAAUAAGCUGUUUGGUUCUGCUUUUGGCACCGUGGCAGGUGCAGGAACAACUCAGUGCAAACAUCACUGUGGGUCCUGACCAACCCUUUAAACAGGCUUUGCCCAUGGCUGCCCACCAAACAGAUGCUUAGAGAAGACUGAUACCAGCUUCAGUCUCUACUGGAUUAGCUCUCUUUCCUUUCUCAUUAUUUAGUGACUCUGUAAGUUAAAAUAACACUAACCUUUAUUAUUUAGUUGAUAACUACAAUGAAAUCUGCUGCAAAAACCCUCUUGAAAUCAAUGUGCCCAGGAUUAUAUUAGCAUUAUUUUUAAUAAAUAUAUCUGCUUAACAGAA